UCUUUUCUGUUCUCGUUCGGCAUCCCUCCGCCCUAUCUGGUUAUUCCUGUCUACCACCAGCCUCAAAUUCUCUGCCACUUGCCUGAGGUUGACAGACAAAGCUUUCCCUUGCUUUAUUGUUUCCCUGGUCGCCAUUCAAUCUCCCCUUAGUUGUAUUAUUCUAUUCGUAAUCAUCUUACUACACUUAUCCCUACGCAAACCUGGCCACUCUUUUGUUUGUCCGAAGGCAGCCUUGGUUUAUUCUCUUGCUUUUGGUGUAUCCUACAAUGAUACCUGCCGACCUGAAUCAAUCCAACCGAUCCGAACAGGAAACCGAAGCCUGUAUUUUACUACAUUCGUCGAGCACGGUAGCUCACCCUCAGCAGUCAGCAUGACCACUAUGGAUCUUCGCGUCGGUAAUAAGUACCGCAUCGGUCGAAAAAUCGGAUCCGGCUCGUUCGGUGAUAUCUACCUAGGCACCAAUAUUAUCUCCGGUGAAGAGAUUGCCAUCAAGCUGGAAUCUGUGAAAGCGAAGCACCCCCAACUUGAAUAUGAGGCUCGAGUUUAUAAGUCGCUCGCUGGUGGCGUCGGUAUCCCGUUCGUCCGUUGGUUCGGAACCGAAUGUGAUUACAACGCCAUGGUGCUUGAUCUUCUAGGCCCCAGUCUGGAAGAUCUUUUCAACUUUUGCAACAGAAAGUUCUCCCUGAAGACGGUACUUCUUCUGGCCGACCAGCUGAUCUCCCGUAUCGAGUACAUCCAUGCCAAGUCCUUCAUCCACCGUGAUAUCAAGCCGGACAACUUCUUGAUGGGCAUCGGAAAGCGAGGCAACCAGGUUAACGUCAUUGACUUUGGUUUAGCGAAAAAAUACCGAGACCCCAAGACUCACUUCCACAUUCCGUACCGUGAGAACAAGAACUUGACUGGUACUGCCCGAUAUGCUUCUAUCAACACGCAUCUUGGCGUUGAGCAAUCUCGUCGUGAUGACAUGGAGUCCCUGGGCUAUGUUAUGCUCUACUUCUGCCGGGGUUCCCUUCCUUGGCAAGGUCUUAAGGCCGCCACUAAGAAGCAGAAGUAUGACCGCAUCAUGGAGAAGAAGAUGACUACGCCAACUGAGGUUCUCUGCCGGGGCUUCCCUAAUGAGUUUGCUAUUUACUUGAACUACACGCGAUCCCUGCGAUUUGACGACAAACCCGAUUACAGUUACCUCCGAAAGAUAUUCCGUGAUCUUUUCGUUCGUGAGGGGUUCCAGUACGAUUACGUAUUCGAUUGGACAGUCUACAAAUACCAGAAGAAUGCCCAGGCUAUUGCUCAGGCCGCCGGUCAAAACGACAACGAGGAUGACAAGGCACGACGUACUACUGCUGCGACCGCCGGCCAGACUGCGCAGUCCGGCGCCGUCAAGCCUAACGCAAUCCCUAGCUCUCGUCGCAAGGUAAUCGAGCGCGGUGCUCCCGGCGUUGACACUCCAGAAACCAGCCGUGCCGUUGGAGGAAGCGACAGGAUGUGAGUGUCUCGCCAGCCCAGCCCAGCCCAAGAAUUCCUAGUAA